UGAAAGCAAGUUGAAUACAUUGGUGCAGAAGCUUCAUGACUUCCUUGCACACUCAUCAGAAGAAUCUGAAGAAACAAGUUCUCCUCCACGACUUGCAAUGAAUCAAAACACAGAUAAAAUCAGUGGUUCUGGAAGUAACUCUGAUAUGAUGGAAAACAGCAAGGAAGAGGGAACUAGCUCUUCAGAAAAAUCCAAGUCUUCAGGAUCGUCACGAUCAAAGAGGAAACCUUCAAUUGUAACAAAGUAUGUAGAAUCAGAUGAUGAAAAACCUUUGGAUGAUGAAACUGUAAAUGAAGAUGCGUCUAAUGAAAAUUCAGAAAAUGAUAUUACUAUGCAGAGCUUGCCAAAAGGUACAGUGAUUGUACAGCCAGAGCCAGUGCUGAAUGAAGACAAAGAUGAUUUUAAAGGGCCUGAAUUUAGAAGCAGAAGUAAAAUGAAAACUGAAAAUCUCAAAAAACGCGGAGAAGAUGGGCUUCAUGGGAUUGUGAGCUGCACUGCUUGUGGACAACAGGUCAAUCAUUUUCAAAAAGAUUCCAUUUAUAGACACCCUUCAUUGCAAGUUCUUAUUUGUAAGAAUUGCUUUAAGUAUUACAUGAGUGAUGAUAUUAGCCGUGACUCAGAUGGAAUGGAUGAACAAUGUAGGUGGUGUGCAGAAGGUGGAAACUUGAUUUGUUGUGACUUUUGCCAUAAUGCUUUCUGCAAGAAAUGCAUUCUACGCAACCUUGGUCGAAAGGAGUUGUCCACAAUAAUGGAUGAAAACAACCAAUGGUAUUGCUACAUUUGUCACCCAGAGCCUUUGUUGGACUUGGUCACUGCAUGUAACAGCGUAUUUGAGAAUUUAGAACAGUUGUUGCAGCAAAAUAAGAAGAAGAUAAAAGUUGACAGUGAAAAGAGUAAUAAAGUAUAUGAACAUACAUCCAGAUUUUCUCCAAAGAAGACUAGUUCAAAUUGUAAUGGAGAAGAAAAGAAAUUAGAUGAUUCCUGUUCUGGCUCUGUAACCUACUCUUAUUCCGCACUAAUUGUGCCCAAAGAGAUGAUUAAGAAGGCAAAAAAACUGAUUGAGACCACAGCCAACAUGAACUCCAGUUAUGUUAAAUUUUUAAAGCAGGCAACAGAUAAUUCAGAAAUCAGUUCUGCUACAAAAUUACGUCAGCUUAAGGCUUUUAAGUCUGUGUUGGCUGAUAUUAAGAAGGCUCAUCUUGCAUUGGAAGAAGACUUAAAUUCGGAGUUUCGAGCGAUGGAUGCUGUAAACAAAGAGAAAAAUACCAAAGAGCAUAAAGUCAUAGAUGCUAAGUUUGAAACAAAAGCACGAAAAGGAGAAAAACCUUGUGCUUUGGAAAAGAAGGAUAUUUCAAAGUCAGAAGCUAAACUUUCAAGAAAACAGGUAGAUAGUGAGCACAUGGAUCAGAAUGUUCCAACAGAGGAACAAAGAGCAAAUAAAAGUACCGGUGGUGAACAUAAGAAAUCUGAUAGAAAAGAAGAACCUCAAUAUGAACCUGCCAACACUUCUGAAGAUUUAGACAUGGAUAUUGUGUCUGUUCCUUCCUCAGUUCCAGAAGACAUUUUUGAGAAUCUUGAGACUGCUAUGGAAGUUCAGAGUUCAGUUGAUCAUCAAGGGGAUGGCAGCAGUGGAACUGAACAAGAAGUGGAGAGUUCAUCUGUAAAAUUAAAUAUUUCUUCAAAAGACAACAGAGGAGGUAUUAAAUCAAAAACUACAGCUAAAGUAACAAAAGAAUUAUAUGUUAAACUCACUCCUGUUUCCCUUUCUAAUUCCCCAAUUAAAGGUGCUGAUUGUCAGGAAGUUCCACAAGAUAAAGAUGGCUAUAAAAGUUGUGGUCUGAACCCCAAGUUAGAGAAAUGUGGACUUGGACAGGAAAACAGUGAUAAUGAGCAUUUGGUUGAAAAUGAAGUUUCAUUACUUUUAGAGGAAUCUGAUCUUCGAAGAUCCCCACGUGUAAAGACUACACCCUUGAGGCGACCGACAGAAACUAACCCUGUAACAUCUAAUUCAGAUGAAGAAUGUAAUGAAACAGUUAAGGAGAAACAAAAACUAUCAGUUCCAGUGAGAAAAAAGGAUAAGCGUAAUUCUUCUGACAGUGCUAUAGAUAAUCCUAAGCCUAAUAAAUUGCCAAAAUCUAAGCAAUCAGAGACUGUGGAUCAAAAUUCAGAUUCUGAUGAAAUGCUAGCAAUCCUCAAAGAGGUGAGCAGGAUGAGUCACAGUUCUUCUUCAGAUACUGAUAUUAAUGAAAUUCAUACAAACCAUAAGACUUUGUAUGAUUUAAAGACUCAGGCGGGGAAAGAUGAUAAAGGAAAAAGGAAACGAAAAAGUUCUACAUCUGGCUCAGAUUUUGAUACUAAAAAGGGCAAAUCAGCUAAGAGCUCUAUAAUUUCUAAAAAGAAACGACAAACCCAGUCUGAGUCUUCUAAUUAUGACUCAGAAUUAGAAAAAGAGAUAAAGAGCAUGAGUAAAAUUGGUGCUGCCAGAACCACCAAAAAAAGAAUUCCAAAUACAAAAGAUUUUGACUCUUCUGAAGAUGAGAAACACAGCAAAAAAGGAAUGGAUAAUCAAGGGCACAAAAAUUUGAAGACCUCACAAGAAGGAUCAUCUGAUGAUGCUGAAAGGAAACAAGAGAGAGAGAAUUUCUCUUCAGCAGAAGGCACAGUUGAUAAAGACACGACCAUCAUGGAAUUAAGAGAUCGACUUCCUAAGAAGCAGCAAGCAAGUGCUUCCACUGAUGGUGUCGAUAAGUUUUCUGGGAAAGAGGAGAGUUUUACUUCUUUGGAAGUUAGAAAAGUUGCUGAAACUAAAGAAAAGAGCAAGCAUCUCAAAACCAAAACAUGUAAAAAAGUACAGGAUGGCUUAUCUGAUACUGCGGAGAAAUUCCUAAAGAAAGACCAGAGCGAUGAAACUUCCGAAGAUGAUAAAAAGCAGAGCAAAAAGGGAACUGAAGAAAAAAAGAAACCUUCAGACUUUAAGAAAAAAGUAAUUAAAAUGGAACAACAGUAUGAGUCUUCAUCUGAUGGCACUGAAAAGUUACCUGAGCGAGAAGAAAUUUGUCAUUUUCCUAAGGGCAUAAAACAAAUUAAGAAUGGAACAACUGAUGGAGAAAAGAAAAGUAAAAAAAUAAGAGAUAAAACUUCUAAAAAGAAGGAUGAAUUAUCUGAUUAUGCUGAGAAGUCAACAGGGAAAGGAGAUAGUUGUGACUCUUCAGAGGAUAAAAAGAGUAAGAAUGGAGCAUAUGGUAGAGAGAAGAAAAGGUGCAAGUUGCUUGGAAAGAGUUCAAGGAAGAGACAAGAUUGUUCAUCAUCUGAUACUGAGAAAUAUUCCAUGAAAGAAGAUGGUUGUAACUCUUCUGAUAAGAGACUGAAAAGAAUAGAAUUGAGGGAAAGAAGAAAUUUAAGUUCAAAGAGAAAUACUAAGGAAAUACAAAGUGGCUCAUCAUCAUCUGAUGCUGAGGAAAGUUCUGAAGAUAAUAAAAAGAAGCAGCAAAGAACUUCAUCUAAAAAGAAGGCAGUCAUUGUCAAGGAGAAAAAGAGAAACUCCCUAAGAACAAGCACUAAAAGGAAGCAAGCUGACAUUACAUCCUCAUCUUCUUCUGAUAUAGAAGAUGAUGAUCAGAAUUCUAUAGGUGAGGGAAGCAGCGAUGAACAGAAAAUUAAGCCUGUGACUGAAAAUUUAGUGCUGUCUUCACAUACUGGAUUUUGCCAAUCUUCAGGAGAUGAAGCCUUAUCUAAAUCAGUGCCUGUCACAGUGGAUGAUGAUGACGACGACAAUGAUCCUGAGAAUAGAAUUGCCAAGAAGAUGCUUUUAGAAGAAAUUAAAGCCAAUCUUUCCUCUGAUGAGGAUGGAUCUUCAGAUGAUGAGCCAGAAGAAGGGAAAAAAAGAACUGGAAAACAAAAUGAGGAAAACCCAGGAGAUGAGGAAGCAAAAAAUCAAGUCAAUUCUGAAUCAGAUUCAGAUUCUGAAGAAUCUAAGAAGCCAAGAUACAGACAUAGGCUUUUGAGGCACAAAUUGACUGUGAGUGACGGAGAAUCUGGAGAAGAAAAAAAGACAAAGCCUAAAGAGCAUAAAGAAGUCAAAGGCAGAAACAGAAGAAAGGUGAGCAGUGAAGAUUCGGAAGAUUCUGAUUUUCAGGAAUCAGGAGUUAGUGAAGAAGUUAGUGAAUCCGAAGAUGAACAGCGGCCCAGAACAAGGUCUGCAAAGAAAGCAGAGUUGGAAGAAAAUCAGCGGAGCUAUAAACAGAAAAAGAAAAGGCGACGUAUUAAGGUUCAAGAAGAUUCAUCCAGUGAAAACAAGAGUAAUUCUGAGGAAGAAGAGGAGGAAAAAGAAGAGGAGGAGGAAGAGGAGGAGGAGGAGGAAGAGGAGGAGGAAGAUGAAAAUGAUGAUUCCAAGUCUCCUGGAAAAGGCAGAAAGAAAAUUCGGAAGAUUCUUAAAGAUGAUAAACUGAGAACAGAAACACAAAAUGCUCUUAAGGAAGAGGAAGAGAGACGAAAACGUAUUGCUGAGAGGGAGCGUGAGCGAGAAAAAUUGAGAGAGGUGAUAGAAAUUGAAGAUGCUUCACCCACCAAGUGUCCAAUAACAACCAAGUUGGUUUUAGAUGAAGAUGAAGAAACCAAAGAACCUUUAGUGCAGGUUCAUAGAAAUAUGGUUAUCAAAUUGAAACCCCAUCAAGUAGAUGGUGUUCAGUUUAUGUGGGAUUGCUGCUGUGAGUCUGUGAAAAAAACAAAGAAAUCUCCAGGUUCAGGAUGCAUUCUUGCCCACUGUAUGGGCCUUGGUAAGACUUUACAGGUGGUAAGUUUUCUUCAUACAGUUCUUUUGUGUGACAAACUGGAUUUCAGCACGGCGUUAGUGGUUUGUCCUCUUAAUACUGCUUUGAAUUGGAUGAAUGAAUUUGAGAAGUGGCAAGAGGGAUUAAAAGAUGAUGAGAAGCUUGAGGUUUCUGAAUUAGCAACUGUGAAACGUCCUCAGGAGAGAAGCUACAUGCUGCAGAGGUGGCAAGAAGAUGGUGGUGUUAUGAUCAUAGGCUAUGAGAUGUAUAGAAAUCUUGCUCAAGGAAGGAAUGUGAAGAGUCGGAAACUUAAAGAAAUAUUUAACAAAGCUUUGGUUGAUCCAGGCCCUGAUUUUGUUGUUUGUGAUGAAGGCCAUAUUCUAAAAAAUGAAGCAUCUGCUGUUUCUAAAGCUAUGAAUUCUAUACGAUCAAGGAGGAGGAUUAUUUUAACAGGAACACCACUUCAAAAUAACCUAAUUGAGUAUCAUUGUAUGGUUAAUUUUAUCAAGGAAAAUUUACUUGGAUCCAUUAAGGAGUUCAGGAAUAGAUUUAUAAAUCCAAUUCAAAAUGGUCAGUGUGCAGAUUCUACCAUGGUAGAUGUCAGAGUGAUGAAAAAACGUGCUCACAUUCUCUAUGAGAUGUUAGCUGGAUGUGUUCAGAGGAAAGAUUAUACAGCAUUAACAAAAUUCUUGCCUCCAAAACACGAAUAUGUGUUAGCUGUGAGAAUGACUUCUAUUCAGUGCAAGCUCUAUCAGUACUACUUAGAUCACUUAACAGGUGUGGGCAAUAAUAGUGAAGGUGGAAGAGGAAAGGCAGGUGCAAAGCUUUUCCAAGAUUUUCAGAUGUUAAGUAGAAUAUGGACUCAUCCUUGGUGUUUGCAGCUAGACUACAUUAGCAAAGAAAAUAAGGGUUAUUUUGAUGAAGACAGUAUGGAUGAAUUUAUAGCCUCAGAUUCUGAUGAAACCUCCAUGAGUUUAAGCUCCGAUGAUUAUACAAAAAAGAAGAAAAAAGGGAAAAAGGGGAAAAAAGAUAGUAGCUCAAGUGGAAGUGGCAGUGACAAUGAUGUUGAAGUGAUUAAGGUCUGGAAUUCAAGAUCUCGGGGAGGUGGUGAAGGAAAUGUGGAUGAAACAGGAAACAAUCCUUCUGUUUCUUUAAAACUGGAAGAAAGUAAAGCUACUUCUUCUUCUAAUCCAAGCAGCCCAGCUCCAGACUGGUACAAAGAUUUUGUUACAGAUGCUGAUGCUGAGGUUUUAGAGCAUUCUGGGAAAAUGGUACUUCUCUUUGAAAUUCUUCGAAUGGCAGAGGAAAUUGGGGAUAAAGUCCUUGUUUUCAGCCAGUCCCUCAUAUCUCUGGACUUGAUUGAAGAUUUUCUUGAAUUAGCUAGUAGGGAGAAGACAGAAGAUAAAGAUAAACCCCUUAUUUAUAAAGGUGAGGGGAAGUGGCUUCGAAACAUUGACUAUUACCGUUUAGAUGGUUCCACUACUGCACAGUCAAGGAAGAAGUGGGCUGAAGAAUUUAAUGAUGAAACUAAUGUGAGAGGACGAUUAUUUAUCAUUUCUACUAAAGCAGGAUCUCUAGGAAUUAAUCUGGUAGCUGCUAAUCGAGUAAUUAUAUUCGACGCUUCUUGGAAUCCAUCUUAUGACAUCCAGAGUAUAUUCAGAGUUUAUCGCUUUGGACAAACUAAGCCUGUUUAUGUAUAUAGGUUCUUAGCUCAGGGAACCAUGGAAGAUAAGAUUUAUGAUCGGCAAGUAACUAAGCAGUCACUGUCUUUUCGAGUUGUUGAUCAGCAGCAGGUGGAGCGUCAUUUUACUAUGAAUGAGCUUACUGAACUUUAUACUUUUGAGCCGGACUUAUUAGAUGACCCUAAUUCAGAAAAGAAGAAGAAGAGGGAUACUCCCAUGCUGCCAAAGGAUACCAUACUUGCAGAACUCCUUCAGAUACAUAAAGAACACAUUGUAGGAUACCAUGAACAUGAUUCUCUUUUGGACCACAAAGAAGAAGAAGAGUUGACUGAAGAAGAAAGAAAAGCAGCUUGGGCUGAGUAUGAAGCAGAGAAGAAGGGACUGACCAUGCGUUUCAACAUACCAACUGGGACCAAUUUACCCCCUGUCAGUUUCAACUCUCAAACUCCUUAUAUUCCUUUCAAUUUGGGAGCCCUGUCAGCAAUGAGUAAUCAACAGCUGGAGGACCUCAUUAAUCAAGGAAGAGAAAAAGUCGUAGAAGCAACAAACAGUGUGACAGCAGUGAGGAUUCAACCUCUUGAGGAUAUAAUUUCAGCUGUAUGGAAGGAGAACAUGAAUCUCUCAGAGGCCCAAGUACAGGCGUUAGCAUUAAGUAGACAAGCCAGCCAGGAACUUGAUGUUAAACGAAGAGAAGCAAUCUACAAUGAUGUAUUGACAAAACAACAGAUGUUAAUCAGCUGUGUUCAGCGAAUACUUAUGAACAGAAGGCUCCAGCAGCAGUACAAUCAGCAGCAACAGCAACAAAUGACUUAUCAACAAGCAACACUGGGUCACCUCAUGAUGCCAAAGCCUCCAAAUUUGAUCAUGAAUCCUUCUAACUACCAGCAGAUUGAUAUGAGAGGAAUGUAUCAGCCAGUGGCUGGUGGUAUGCAGCCACCACCAUUACAGCGUGCACCACCCCCAAUGAGAAGCAAAAAUCCAGGACCUUCCCAAGGGAAAUCAAUGUGA